AUGGCCGACUUUGUCAAGCUAUCGAUCUUCGGAACCGUUUUCGAGGUCACCACUCGCUAUGUCGACCUCCAACCCGUGGGCAUGGGCGCCUUCGGCCUCGUCUGCUCUACGCUCGUCCGAAUAGCCCUGACCACGCGCAGUUCGGCCAAGGACCAGCUCUCGGGCACAUCAGUGGCAAUCAAGAAGAUCAUGAAGCCCUUCUCCACCCCGGUUCUGAGCAAGAGGACAUACCGUGAGCUCAAGCUCCUAAAGCACCUCCGUCACGAGAACAUCAUCUCGCUCAGCGACAUCUUCAUCUCCCCCCUCGAGGACAUCUACUUCGUCACGGAGCUGCUCGGUACGGACCUGCACCGUCUGCUGACGUCUCGGCCACUGGAGAAGCAGUUCAUCCAGUACUUCCUGUACCAGAUCCUCCGUGGACUGAAGUACGUGCACUCUGCCGGCGUUGUCCACCGUGACCUGAAGCCCUCAAACAUCCUCGUCAAUGAGAACUGCGACCUCAAGAUCUGCGACUUUGGUCUCGCGCGUAUCCAGGACCCCCAGAUGACCGGCUACGUUUCGACGCGCUACUACCGCGCGCCGGAAAUCAUGUUGACCUGGCAGAAGUACGACGUCGCCGUCGACAUCUGGAGCACUGGAUGUAUCUUCGCCGAGAUGCUGGAGGGCAAGCCUCUGUUCCCCGGCAAGGACCACGUCAACCAGUUCUCGAUCAUCACUGAGCUUCUCGGCACUCCGCCUGACGACGUUAUCCAGACCAUUGCGAGCGAGAACACCCUCCGAUUCGUCCAGAGCCUGCCCAAGCGGGAGAAGGUGCCCUUCGCGACCAAGUUCCCCAGCGCGGACCCGCUGUCGCUCGACCUGCUGGAGAAGAUGCUCGUCUUCGACCCCCGCACGCGUAUUUCGGCGACGGAGGGACUGGCGCACGAGUACCUUGCCCCCUACCACGACCCCACGGACGAGCCCGUCGCUGCCGAGGUGUUCGACUGGUCGUUCAACGAUGCGGACCUUCCGGUUGACACCUGGAAGGUGAUGAUGUACUCUGACAUUCUUGACUUCCACAACCUUGGCGACAUUGCGCAGAACGACGCCGAGGGACCCGUUACCGGCGACGUUGGCACUGCUGCCGCUGCCCCGGCCGCUUAG